AUUAAGACAUAAAUAAAUAAAUCAAAAAUAAGAGAGAGAGAGAGGAGAGGCUGAAGAAUAAACCGAAACCCUCCCAAGUCCAAACCCUAGUUCUAUUCUGUCUGUACUAUUAUUACCCUUCACUGCAAACUAUCUAGAACCUUCUUUGAUCUGUGAAUUCCGUCUAGGGUUUCGUCUCUGAUUUCUCUCCGGUUAUCCAAUUCUGCGCUUUUUUUUUUCUACCGGAAAAUCUCCUAACCCAAUAAUUUUUCCUUACUCCGUCCCGGACUUUCGCAAUUCGUAAGGUCAAAUUCUUUGGCUAACUCUCUGUCCAGAUUUUAGCCGAGGGCUUUGAUUUAUUCGGGGUUAAUUGUUUUUUCGGUGACCCAUUUCUGUUGGGAUUUUAAUUUUAUAGCUAGUUGAGUUGGGAGUUUGAGACCCUUUUGGCGUGUGGAAGAGAGAGGAAGACGAAGCCGUAGACUGGAAUUUACUAUUUAUUUCUUGUGAUCUGAAGCAGUAGAGGAAGUAGAAUUCAGGAUCCAUGUCAGAGUUGAUAAAAUCUCCCUGUUUUAUGAGAUAGACCAAUGGACUCUGAAUACAAGAAGUUUGGAAGAGGACCGAGGGAGCUGACUGGCGCUGUAGAUCUUAUAAGUCACUUCAAGUUGCAGGCCCAACACGAUUUUUUUUGCAAGAAGCCACUUCCUUUAUCAAUCGCGGAUACACACUAUCUUCACAAUGUGGUGGGAGACACAGAAAUUAGGAAAGGAGAAGGAAUGCAAUUGGAUCAACUUAUUCAGAGUACAUCGUACUCAAGAGACACUAAUGCACGUAUACAGCCUUUUGACCUAGAUGUUCUCCAAGAGGCCUUCCAGCUUAGGGAAACUGGUCCUGUUGAAUUGCCACCAUCAGAGAAGGGAACUCCGACGAUUCCAGGGAAGUCAAAGAGCGAGUCAAAGGAUAAGGAGAGGAAACAUAAAAAGCACAAGGACAGGGAUAAAGAGCAUAAGAAGCACAAACAUCGCCACAAGGAUCGAAGUAAAGACAAGGAUAAAAAGAAGGAUAAAAGUGGACAUCAUGAAUCUGGUGCUGACCACUCUAAGAAACACCAUGAAAAGAAAAGGAAGCAUGACGGAGAUGAAGAUGUUAACGAUAUUCACAGACACAAAAAAAGUAAGCAUAAGAGCUCAAAAAUUGAUGAAGUCGGUGCAAUUAAGGUAGCAGGCUGAAAUGAGGCAUCCAAUACGUAUUUCAUUUUCUUCAGAUGCUUGUCGUUUAGAGUUGGGAGGGGUCUAUUAUUUUCAUUAUGAAGUUUCUUGAGAGUAGCUUUGAACUGACUAAAGAUUGUGAAGGUGAAUUCACCUCUUGAGAGGUAUGUGGAGUCAAGGUAAAAGUUGACAGAAAUGAACCUCUUUGUAAAAUAACAGUUGUCCCAUAUGAUUUGCUUGUAUUGGAAGGAACUCUAAUUUCACUUUAUGUCAUAUGUACACAAAUGACUUUCUGGCUUUUCUUAUUUUCCCCUCCCUUUAGAAUUUGAGUCGUAACUUGUCCUUAGAAGUUGCAGCUUUCAGUUGUAGAGAAAUAGGUGAUAAAGGGAUGGUAUUAUGAUCUUUUUAUCCUCUUUAUAUUGUAUUAAUGACUAAGAUUAUUGGUAGUUUGUCCAAAAGGGUUUUUUGAAGGCUUGGUUUUUUGUAUGAUUAACAAGUGAUUCACCUAUAGCUGAACUGGUCCUAAGUUAUUGUGAGGUCAUUGGGACAUUCAUUAUUCCUGGUACUUAGAUUUUACCUUGACUCUGUUGUAA